AUGCCACAAUUAAACCCAGACCCAUGAUUCCUAAUUCUUUCAUCCACAUGAUUGACAUACACCAUAAUUCUUCAACCAAAAAUUUCAUCCUACCUUUCAAUAAAUAAUCCUACCAACAAAAACAAUAAAAUCGCCCACACAAAACCAUGAACCUGACCAUGAACUUAA